ACCAUUAUUACAAAUAUUAUAGUCUUCUGGAGUAAAUCGAUAACAUUGAAAGUAACAUUGAAAUAGUUUAAUUUCCGAAAUAUGGGAGAAAAAAAAUAUAUUAAAUAUAUUUAGGUAGGUUCAUUUAUUAACUCAUUUGUUCCCGAAAUACAAUACACAAAAUAUAUGGGAUAAUAGAUAUAUCUUAUACUUUAUCUAACAUAUGCUAUAUCCAAUCUGUGAUAAAUCAUAAAAAUUAAAGGAAUUUGUGGUUUAUUAAACAUAGAAAAUGCAUUGAAUAUUAAGUCUUCUAUAUUUUAUCUAAUCUAGGAAAAUAGUGAUAAAUUGUAAGGAACUAAAAAUCAUUUAAUAUAAAAAUAAAACAUCUAUAAUGAAUAUAUAUAUAUAAAAUUAAUUUGAAGCUUGAAUUAUAUUAAGUCUCAAAUUGUUAAUUAUUUAAAGAAAUAUUUUUUGUAAAUAAUAAAAAAUAAUACAAUUGAUAAAAGUGUUUAAUUUGAUAUAAUUUAAUUUGAAGUUAAUUUUUAAGAUAUUUAUCAUAUCAUAUUAAUCAUUGUUCUAUGAUGUCGUCAAAAGUGUUUUAAAAAUAAUUAAUGUCUAAUUUUUGCAAAUGUUAGUAUUUAAUUUUUGAAGUUUAAGAAGAAAAUAAAUUGUUAUUUUAAUAAAGAAAUAUGACUUCUAUUAAUGAAGUUAGUUCGAUACCUAAAACGAAAAAACCUUCGGACAGUGCAUUCAAACAGCAACGUUUACCUGCUUGGCAACCAAUACUUACUGCUGGAACUGUUUUACCAACAUUUUUUGUAAUUGGUAUUGCUUUUAUACCAGUUGGAGUUGGAUUACUUUAUUUUUCUGAUCAAGUUAAAGAAUAUAUUUUAGAUUAUACUGAUUGUAAUUCUACAAAUAUUAAUCAUACAAAAGGAAUGCCUGUUAAAUGUGCUGAUGUUAUAGCAGAAAAUCGUUCAAAUAUUUGUAAUUGUGAAUUAAACUUCACAUUACCUUCCGACUUCAAUGGAAAAAUUUACAUGUAUUAUGGUUUGACUAAUUUUUAUCAAAAUCAUAGAAGAUAUGUAAAAUCAAGGGAUGAUAAUCAAUUAUUAGGAAAAUUAAGUGAAGUUGUCUCAGGAGAUUGUGAACCAUUUGCUUAUGAUGAAGGAAAAGCUAUUGUACCAUGUGGUGCUAUUGCUAAUUCAUUAUUUAGUGAUGAAUUAAAAUUAUAUUCUGUUAAAUAUAAGACUAACGUACCAUUGUUAGAAACUGGUAUAGCUUGGCCCUCAGAUAAAAAUAUAAAAUUUAAAAAUCCUGAAGGUGAUUUGAAAAAAGCAUUUGAGAAAUUUGCAAAACCAAAGAAUUGGAGUAAGCAUAUUUUUGAGUUAGAUAAAAAAAAUGAAAAUAAUAAUGGUUUUCAAAAUGAAGAUUUAAUUGUUUGGAUGAGAACUGCUGCUUUGCCUACUUUUAGAAAACUAUAUCGCAGAGUAAACCAUACAGAAGGUGGUUUUGCUGAAGGUUUAGCAAAAGGAGAGUAUAUACUUAUUGUUAGUUAUACAUAUCCUGUAUCUGCCUUUAAUGGUAGGAAAAGAAUGAUUUUAAGUACUACUUCUCUUCUUGGUGGGAAAAAUCCCUUUCUUGGUAUUGCUUAUAUAGUUGUAGGAUGUAUUUGUUUGUUAUUAGGCAUUAUAUUGUUAAUAAUACACAUCAAAUGUUCUAAAAGUGUAACACAGAUGAUCAAUGUAACUUCAAAUACACCAUAUCAAGAAUAAUUGUGCAUAUUUAUUAUGAAAAUUGAAGAACAUUCUGGAUUUUUGCAUUUACUUCGUAAGUGUUAAUAUAAAACAAUUUAAUGUAACUUAGAAAAUGUAUAGAUAAAAUUGAUGAAUGUAUUGACAAAUAAUAAUAUGAUAAAUGUUAGAUAAAAUUAUAAUUAUGUUUUUAAAAAAGAAACAUAUUAAUUCAGUUUUAUUUUAUAUUUUUAAAAAAUUGUUUAUUAAUCUCUUUUUUUAAUUUUUCUUGUUUACUAAUCUUUCUGCCAUUCUUAUUAUAUUAUAUUAAUGAUUAUUUCAAAAGAAUAUUUUAAUUAUUAUUAUAUAACUGUAUAAAGAUUAUUAAAAAGUAAACAUAUAAUAUAGAAUUUAUAUAUAAAUAUACGUAAUAUAUACAUAAUUUGCAAAAAUUUAAAUUAUAACUAUUUAUAUAUUUUUCAUGUACAUGUAUUGAGAUACUCAAAUCAUAAAUUAUUAUAAAAUAAUGUAAAAAUAUUAAGAAAUGUCAUUUUUAAAACAUUAACAACUUAAUUUAAUUUGAAUAAUUUCAUCAAAGAAUCAAUGUGUCAAAAAAAAUCAAUGUAAUUAAAAGAGAAAAUAUAAGUUAUAUAUAUAAUCAUUAAAAAUUUAUCAUUAUAUUUUAAUUUUUUAAAUUUUGAAUAAGAAUGCUAUCCUUAAUAUUAAAAACAAUAUAGUUUUUGUGUAUCUUAAUACAUUUUAUAAUUUAAUUUAUUGAGUAAUUAUUGAGCAUUAUUAUGUAAUAUAUUUUUAAAUUAUAACUGUGAAAUAUUUUUAGUUUUACUCUAGUUAUUUACAAAUGUAUAAACAUAUAAAUAAAAAAAUCACAAUGUUUAUUCACAUUUAUAUAUAAAAUGUAACAUGUAUUUAUAAAAUUACAUUAUAAAAUAAAAUUUAUAAAAACGUA